AUGACUGUGAUUAACAAAAUUGAUACUCACCAUCAUAUCAUCCCAGACAUUUACCGUGCCAUGAUUAACGAAACCGGUGGGGACAAAAGUGGUUGGGGUAUUCCUCAAUGGAAUGAAGAAUAUGAUUUACAGAUUAUGGAUAGGUGGGGUAUAAAGAAAGGGAUCUUUAGUGUUUCAGCACCAGGUGUCUGUAUUUACACUGACAAAAUGAAGGCUAGAAAGGCCGCUAGAGCUAUCAACGAAUACCAAAAAACGCUAUCUGAUAAAUACCCAGAUCGUUUUGUCAGUUUAGGGUCUCUACCAUCUUUAUUAAAUGUCGAGGGGUGUUUAACUGAGAUCGACUAUGCAGUGAAUCAUCUGGGUGUCAUUGGUUUUACGGUUUUCACAAGCUAUGCUUCUGAAACGCCAUUUAAUGGAAGAACUGUCCAAUAUUUGGGAGCUGAUAUCUUUGAACCAAUUUGGAAAAAAUUUAAUGACUAUAAAUUGUUCAUCUUUGUUCAUCCUUGUCCAGGUGAAGCUAAACCAAUUUCCGAUAUCAUGGUAUCUUGUGCUGCAGACUUCACUUUUGAAACCACGAGAACAGCCCUUCAUUUAGUUUCUUCUGGCUACAAGACUAAAUACCCAGACAUUAUCAUUUCCUUAGCUCAUGCUGGUGGAACCCUACCAAUGAUUCAUGAUAGAGCUGCACUCUGUAUGGCUAUGGUUGACAAAAAUACUACUGCUGAACAGUAUGAGGCAGCCUUCAAGACGUUCUACUUUGAUACUGCUUUGUCUAGUUCUAAAUCAUCUUUAAAGGCUCUGUUCGCCUUUGCUGAUCCCACCCAUGUCUUUUAUGGUUCAGAUAUUCCAUGGGCAGGAGAAAGUAUUACCGAUUCAAACACCAAAAGCUUGCAAAAGGUUCUCUUGGAUGAAUGGGAAGAUAAGGAAGAAGGUAAAAAAUUAUACGAUAUGGUCUGUUACAAGAAUGCGGCUGCCUUGUUUGAAAGUAGAGGUUGGUAA